GUAGGGCGGGCGAGAGGGCGGACCUUGGGCCGGGCCCCCGCCCCGCCCUCCGGCCCCGCCCGCCGGGCUGCAGCGGGGAGGCGGCGGCGGCUCUGGGCGCGGGGAGUCGGCGGGCGGCGAGGAGCGCGGAGCCGGAGCUGGACGCCGCCGCCGCCACCGCCACCACCACCUGCGCGGCCGUCACCAAGAUGUCAUGGCACCCCCAGUACCGGAGCUCCAAGUUCCGUCAUGUCUUUGGCAAACCAGCCAGCAAGGAGAACUGCUACGACUCCGUGCCUAUCACCCGCAGCGUUCAGGACAACCACUUCUGCGCCGUGAACCCCCACUUCAUUGCAGUUGUGACUGAAUGUGCUGGUGGAGGGGCCUUCCUCGUCAUCCCCCUGUACCAGACAGGGAAGUUGGACCCCCGCUACCCAAAGGUCUGCGGGCACAGAGGCAACGUUUUGGAUGUCAAGUGGAACCCUUUUGAUGAUUUUGAGAUCGCCUCCUGUUCUGAAGAUGCCACAAUUAAGAUCUGGAGCAUCCCCAAGCAGCUGCUGACCAGGAACCUCACAGCCUGCAGUAAGGAACUCGUGGGCCACGCGCGCAGAGUGGGCCUGGUGGAGUGGCACCCCACGGCCGCCAACAUCCUCUUCAGUGCUGGCUAUGACUACAAGGUGAUGAUCUGGAACCUGGAUACAAAGGAGUCUCUCAUCACAAGCCCCAUGAGUACGAUUAGCUGUCACCAAGAUGUGAUCCUCUCCAUGUCCUUCAACACCAACGGCAGCCUGCUGGCCACCACCUGCAAAGACCGAAAGAUUCGGGUUAUUGACCCCCGAGCAGGGACUGUCCUCCAGGAGGCCAGCUACAAAGGGCACCGGGCCAGCAAGGUGCUGUUUCUGGGGAACCUGAAGAAGCUGAUGUCCACGGGCACAUCCCGAUGGAACAACCGGCAGGUGGCCCUGUGGGACCAGGAUAACCUCUCUGUGCCUCUGAUGGAGGAGGACCUGGACGGCUCCUCGGGCGUGCUGUUUCCCUUCUAUGACGCAGACACCAGCAUGCUCUACGUGGUGGGGAAGGGAGAUGGCAACAUCCGCUACUACGAGGUGAGUGCCGACAAGCCUCACCUGAGCUACCUGACUGAGUACCGCUCCUAUAACCCACAGAAGGGGAUCGGUGUCAUGCCAAAGAGAGGACUCGACGUAUCCUCCUGCGAGAUCUUCCGCUUCUACAAGCUGAUCACAACCAAAAGCCUCAUCGAGCCCAUCUCCAUGAUUGUGCCCCGGCGGUCAGAAUCCUACCAAGAGGACAUAUACCCUCCAACAGCAGGGGCCCAGCCCUCCCUGACGGCCCAGGAGUGGCUCAGCGGGAUGAAUCGAGACCCAAUCCUGGUAUCCCUUAGGCCUGGCUCUGAGCUGCUGAGACCCCACCCACUGCCUGCAGAGCGACCUGUCUUCAAUUCCAUGGCCCUAGCCUCACCCCGGCUAUUGAACCAGACAGAAAAGCUGGCUGCAGAAGAUGGCUGGAGGUCUUCCUCCCUGUUGGAGGAGAAGACGCCAAGGUGGGCAGCAGAACACAGGCUGGAGGAGAAGAAAUCCUGGCUGACAAAUGGCUUUGACGUUUUCGAAUGCCCCCCACCAAAGACAGAGAACGAGUUGCUGCAGAUGUUCUACCGGCAACAGGAGGAGAUCCGAAGGCUCCGGGAGCUGUUGACCCAGCGAGAGGUCCAGGCCAAACAGUUGGAACUGGAGAUCAAAAACUUGCGGAUGGGCUCAGAGCAGCUCUGAGCAGAGACCUCUGCCCUCCUCACCCUCAGGGACACCACUCGGCUCUGUGGGGAGGUUUAGAACCAAACCACAAGUCCCCCCAAGAACAACCACUAUUUCUAUAUUUUUUACCAGAAAACAAAACUCUCCAUCGCUGAAAGAGAUUCCAGUGGGACAUGGUGCCGUUUUUCUAUUUGCCUUCUUGCAGCAACAGUUUCUGAAUUGACUUUGUUUUCAGAUGAUGCCUUCUGUUGAAUUCUGUUAUUAAGGGCCCAUGAUGAGCUGUAACUUCUCAAGAGGAAAGAACACAGUAGUAAACUAGGGCUGGAAGGACCUAGGU